ACCAACGUGAAUGACCUCUCCCUAUCCGGUUUAAGUUCCCAACUCCACGAUCAACACCCCGGAAGUGGAUUCGCCUCAUUUGUGUUAGCUUCAUCUCCACAAUCCCCGCGUCAGGCGGCCUGAAUUUUCCCCCAACCAACCCCCCUCAAGGAUUUAGGAGUAUUGUUACCAUGCUAGCGUGUUCCUGCAGGGUUCACCGAGUUUUUCGGCUUCCUUCCCAAGUCUUCGGACUCAGCCCGUCGCCAAGUUUGCUCUUUAUCUUCUUCCCGCUCCAAGUCUCCUCUUGGCAAAGGCUUGAGUUGAGUCUCUAAGUGCCAAGAUUCAGCCUCGAAGAUAUGGCGGACCAGAAAUCGGUGCUCGAUGCCGAGAGCGGGAAGGAGGAUCUCGGUGCGAAUGUUGCCCAAUAUGAGAAUGCACCCAUCACAGAAGCAGAGAAGGCACUUCGAUGGAAGCAAGACAAGCGCAUCGUGCCCUUGUCCGCGGGCAUCUACUUCCUCUGCUAUCUGGACCGGUCCAACAUAGGGAACGCCAAAAUCAUGAACGCAUCUACCGGCGACGACCUCAUGACGCAGACCGGCAUGACUAACUUCCAGUACACGAUCUCCCUGAUGAUCUUCCUCGUAGCAUACGGCUUGUUCGAGGUCCCGUCAAACAUCCUGCUCAAGAAGCUGCGGCCCUCCCGCUGGAUCGCGUUCCUCAUGUUCUCGUGGGGAGCGCUGACGAUGGGACUAGGCGGCGUCCACAGCUACGCCAGCGUGACCGUCGUGCGGUUCUUGCUUGGCGUGUUCGAAGCCGGUCUCUUCCCCGGGCUGGUGUACUAUCUGACCUUCUGGUACAAGACCGAGGAGCGUAGUAUCCGCGUGGCUUUCAUCCUGGCCUCGGCGACUCUCGCAGGCGCAUUCGGAGGCGCCAUAGCCUACGGUAUCGGCCACAUGAACCGAGCCGGAGGGCUCUCGGCCUGGCGUUGGCUCUUCAUCCUCGAAGGCAUACCAUCCUGCCUCUCCGCGCUUUUGGUCUGGUUCCUGCUUCCAGACUACCCCGAAGACGCGAAGUGGUUGACUACCAAGGAGCGAGAUUUGGCGGUGCAACGACUACACGUCGAGGGAAGCAAGGGGCAAGAUAAGGCGAUGUCAUGGGAAGACGCCAAGGCCACGCUCGUAGAUUGGAGGCUCUGGGGCCACUACAUCGUGUACUUUGGCAUCUCGACGCCCUUCAGCUCGCUUUCCUUAUUCACGCCUUCCAUCACGGCUGGCCUGGGCUACACGGACCUUCGCGCGCAGCUCAUGACUGUUCCUCCAUACGCCGUCGCCUACGUAAUCCAAAUCCUAGCCUCCUGGUCAGCAGACCACUUCAACGCGCGGGGUCUGCACUCCGCGGCACUAGCCACAAUCGGCGCGAUCGGGUUCCUCGCCUCGGCCGCGCUGCCGCCGGACGCGUACGCGUCGCGGUACGGGUGCCUGAUCGUAGCGGCGUCGGGCGCCUUCGCCUGCAUCCCGCCGCUGCUGGGGUGGCUGUCGUCCAACAUCUUCAGCACGGCGUCGGUGGGGCUCGCGAUCGCGCUCAACAUCGGGCUCGGCGGCGCCCCCGGCCAGAUCGUCGGCGUCUGGAUCUAUAAGGCGGAUGAGGCGGGGAGGGGGUACCCGACGGGCCAUUGGACGAAUGCGGCGUUGCUUUUUAUGGUGGCGGUUGGGUGUGUGGGGUUGAGGGUUUAUUAUGGGUGGAGGAAUAGGGGGAUCUUGGGCGCUGGGGGUGGGAGUGGGGAGGUGAGGGUGUUUAAGUAUUGAUCUAGUGUAGGUAUGAAUAGGCAGGUACGAAAGUUACGAGCCGUUUCAGGGGUGAGGUAGUUGGUGUAGAUACCCAGGCUGAGAUGAUGCGGACGUUAAUAAGAGUCUUGAGUAAAUCAUUAGCUCUUAUGAAUUGAAU